GGGUUUUAUUAUUCGCAAUAUUUAUCGAUAUCAUCUUAUCGAGUAUUUGGUAUGUCCAUAAAAUUACCCGUACACCUAUUUAAAGAUUAAGAUAUGUUCGUUAUUAUAAUGUGUAGAUUCAAGAUUGUUCGUCAGUCCGCCCGUAUUUGUCGAUCGCAAUAAUUGUCGUUCAAUAAUUUUUCCACGCGUUUAUUUUAUUCUGUUUUUUUAAUUAUGCUAAAAAUUAAACAAAACCACAAUUCCAAGUUGAAAAAGUAUGUUCCAGAAUUUGGUGAAAAUAUUUUUUCAAUCGAUGGAUUAAUUUUAUAUUGUAAAAUUUGUGACGUCAAAGUGUCAAGUGAGAAAAAAUUCCAUAUUCAGCAACAUAUCGGAAGAGAUAAACACAAAAAUGCGCUUACAAAAAUUGAAAAUAGUAUAAAAAUUCAGCCUUUCAUUAAUAAAAAUACCUUUAAGUCAGAUUUCAUUUACGAUUUGUGUAACGCGUUGGUUGCGGCAAAUAUCCCUAUGAAUAAAUUGAAUAAUGACGUUUUUAGAUCUUUUUUAUCAAAAUAUUGCAACAAAAAUAUUCCAUGCGAAUCGACAUUAAGAAAAGGAUACUUUGAUAAAUGUUAUGAAGAGGUUUUGUUGAAAAUUCGUGAAGCUGUAGGUGAACAUAAAUAUAAUAUGGGUGUGUAUUGACGAAACCACAGAUUCAGAACGCCGAAACGUGGCUAACAUAAUAGUUGGAAUUCUACAACCAGAAAGUCCUGGAAAUUUGUAUUUUCUUCACACAGACUAUUUAGAUAGGGUAAAUAGUAGUACAAUUACCCAGCUAUUUGACAAAGCAAUGCAUAUAUUGUGGCCAACUAAUGUAAAAUACGACAAUAUUUUGCUUUUUAUAUCUGACGCGGCUCCUUAUAUAAAGAAAGCGGGUAGUACAAUUCAAACUUUGUACCCGAAUAUUAUUCAUUUAACUUGUUUGGCUCAUGCAUGUCAUAACGUCUGUGAAGUAGUACGAGCAUAUUAUAAAAAUGUAGACCAGUUAAUUUCUGAAAUGAAAAAGACAUUUUUAAAAUGUCCUAAGAGAAUCGCAGUUCUGAAAGAAAAAUGUCCAGAAUUGCCAAAUCCACCUAGACCGAUAAUUACACGUUGAGGUACAUGGUUAAUGCAGUAAAAUAUUAUUGUACAAAUUUCAAUGAACUGAAAUCUAUAAUUAAAGAAUUCGAAGAAGUAUCUGAAUGUGUGAGAGCAGCUAAAAGACUUUUUAAAAUGCCAUCGAUACAAAGUAAUCUGGUCUAUAUUGUAUCUAAUUUUGGAUUUUUGCCUGACACAAUUACAAAACUAGAAACAAGAGGUGUAUUACUAUCGAAAAGUGUAGAUGUUGUAAAUAAUAUACAGAUUAAACUCGAAGAAUGCAAUGGCGAAAUAGCUAAAUUGAUUUUGGAUAAAUUCAACAAAGUUAUAUCGAAGAACAAAGGAUGGGAAAAUAUUAAAAAGAUCAACCAAGUAUUGAUUGGAGAAACCACAAGCGAUGACGAUCUAUCAAGUAGCAAUCUUAAUUUAGAUAAUUAUUUAAGUAUGAAAUACGCCCCGAUAACUUCGGUGGACGUAGAAAGAUCGUUUUCGAUGUACAAAAAUAUUUUAACUCCUAACCGCAGCCGUUUUUCUGAAGACAGCUUAUCAAAAUACAUGGUAGUCAAUUUUUUUUUUUAAUACCAACUAGUUUAUUUUGCAUUAAAUUAACUGGUAGAACUCAAAUAAGUUAAUAUUUAUAAUUGUUUUUAACUAAUUCUUAGAACAAACCUGGUCAAA